CUGCUGCAGUUCAUGAUGCCACAUUUUCUCAAGGGGAGAACAAAGCAAAGAUUCAUGAAUAACAGAGCACCAUCCAACAAAAGAUAUCAGCCAACUGAGUAUGAACAUGCAGCCAACUGCGCCACACAUGCGCUCUGGAUAAUUCCGAGCAUCAUUGGCAGCUCCCUCCUGCACUUCCUGUCUGAUGACCAAUGGGAGACCAUCUCCGCCUGGAUCUAUGGCUUUGGCUUGUCUGGACUUUUCAUCGUGUCCACAGUUUUUCACACCAUCUCUUGGAAGAAGAGUCACCUCCGGAUGGUUGAACACUGUUUCCACAUGUGCGACAGGAUGGUGAUCUAUUUUUUCAUUGCAGCCUCCUACGCCCCCUGGCUGAACCUGAGAGAGCUGGGGCCAUGGGCCUCCCACAUGCGCUGGCUCAUCUGGAUCAUGGCUUCUGUGGGGACUGCGUACGUCUUCUUCUUCCAUGAGAGGUAUAAGAUUGUGGAGCUAAUAUGCUACACAAUCAUGGGAGUCUUUCCGGCGUUAGUGAUCCUUUCAAUGGCUGACAGGGAUGGCCUUUUCGAGUUAAUCGUGGGCGGCAUGUUCUACUGCCUGGGCAUGGUCUUCUUCAAGAGUGAUGGGCUCAUCCCAUUUGCCCAUGCCAUCUGGCACCUCUUUGUGGCCAUCGGAGCUGGCAUUCAUUACUACGCUAUCUGGAGGUAUCUGUACACACCGGGGACUAGUGAAAUGAAGACGUCCAGAUGACACACAAGGGCUGUUUGCCCGUGCUAAACCUCCCUGGGCCCCACCACCACCAGGCUGCGGGGGAGCAAGAGCCUCCUGAGUAGUGAUUCUAACUGGUUUAGUGCGCUAGUUUAUUCACUCUUUUUAUUCUUCUUCUCACAGUGAUUACAUGACUUCUUGCUCAAUAUCACUUUGAAAACAGUGUUCGAAUUAAUAGAUUCAAUGAAAAUUAUGCCCCAUCAUAUUUAUCCAGUAUUUCAAAAAGGAAAAGAAAUAUACUGUCUUGGAUAUUUAUGUUACAGUCUAUUUAUUUAGGUGAACAGGUGCCCAGGGUUGUAGCCUUCCUUGGUGGGAAAAGUGUUUGCUAGGGCGCAUUGAAAAUCAUGGUUUGAUAUCACUAAAGCUGUUCUAAGACCAAUGAUGGUGUUUGCCAUUACCUGUGAAUGUCUCUCCAUAGCUGACAAUGUUAGAAAAAAAGUGUUGCUAGACAGACUUUGACUUGCCAUAUAAAUGGAUGCCUUCAGUAAUCCCAAUUAAUUUAUUGAAUUAUUCAAGGCUCCAUUCUGAGUGUCAUGUAGGGAACCACAUGCGAAAUCCGUUAUAUUUACAUUGAUUUUUACAAUGAUAUUCCGCUUGAAGCAAUUUUUCUAUAUUUCUUGCAUAAUUUAACUGAAAAAUGAAUAACAAAUGGUAGUCUGGCUGACUGUCUUGCCUCACUGGUUGUAGGGUCUAAAAUUCUCAAAAGAUCAACAUAAAAAUGUACUAUAGGCCAAUUAAGUGUGGGCGGAUCUUAAUGCAGUAUAGUUGUUCUCUAGAAUUUCCCAUUUUAGUGGUAGCAGCUCACAUAAUCUUAUGGAGUUGUCUCUCUCAGUCCCCCCUGAAGGAUAUUUAUGUUCAGUGCAGAUUGGCAGUAUGGCCUAAGGCCUUUCCAAAAUUUAAAGCACUGAAUAUCCUAAACAUCUGCUUCUAAAAUUCUGAACCUCUUUUUUACCGUUUACUUGGAUUGUUUGGAUUGGAUAUGUUUUUUGUCAAGUCCUAGGGCCUGUUUUUAUGAGGUCCUUUAGCACACAUUAAAACUAAUAACACAACCAAUGAUUGAUGCAAAACAAAUAACAUGACCAAUCAUUAGUUAUGUUAUUGGUUUUGCGUGUGAUAAAAGGUUUUGAACAUGCUGAAAGUCUUUGUAAAUCAGGCCAUUAAUCUCUUACCUUGUUUUCCUUUGUCAGAGAUGAUAUUGCAGCGUUAAAGGUCAAAGGUCAAUAAUAUAGCAAUAUUCAGUUUAGUGGCUUUUUUUUCACCAGAACAUGCUCUGCAUUGUCACUUUUGUUCCUAUGAAAAAUGACAGAUUGAAUACAUGAAUGAGAGAACCUGUAAUUUUUUCUUUUGAGAAGUAAAAGGGAAGCUGAUGAAUUUUAACAAAAAAUUGCUUAGCUAGCCACUGCAGUAUCUCUUCAACAGUGUAAUAGGCUAGAGAUGACAGCCAAGGAUAGUAUUUUGUUAAUCAUAUCAGCACAUCAAAAGAAAAAGAUUGAGACAUUUACCUUUUUGAUCAAAGAGUAACAAAUAAUGCUACACUCUCAGUGGCUAACCAAGAGACGGGAGCACACUGAGGUAAAUUAAUCAACCUGCUGUUUGUGUAUGUGUGUGUUUUUCAUCAAUGAGAACAGUGAGCUGAAUGGUUUUGGGUAAAAACUGACCAAGAGCCCCAUAUCAAUAUGCUGUAGGGAAGAUGAUUGUGACAAUGAUGAGAAAUCCUUUGAAAACUUGAAACCAUUCCAAGGCCCUCUUUAGCCUGCUGGCACUGGAGCUCCUGUCAGCCGCUAAUAGUACUGUAUACAUUCCUGUGGGUCUAAGUGCUCUGUCUCAACUCAAGACAUACCUGCAUGUUUGCCAGAACAACAUGCAACUCCAAUUUAUGUAGCCUAAACAAUGGGACUCUUUGAUUGUUGUGAGUUCAUGCUAUGUUCCAUACAAUAUGUCAAUUGAAGUGCCAUAUCUUAUGCUCUCUCUAAAUUCUCUCAAAUGGUGUUUUCACUUUUGACAUUUUCUUAUUCAACUGCUGUGUCAUAGUCACUGAAUCACCUUUUUUGCCAUUGUGUUAAUGCAUUUCUGUCUUCGGUGAGCUUGUUUUUAAGUAUCACAAAAGAACACUAGUGUACAUGAACAAAUGAGAUCUUCUGACUCAUAUGAGUUAUACUGUCAAGCUUUGAGGCAGAGCCUAUUGGACAUUCACAAAAAUCAAAACAAAUGGUAUUGUGUACAUGCACGAAUGUAAAAUUUCAGUUUUUCAUUCAGCUUUGUAAAGACUAAUGAACAAGCAUUCCAGUUAAAAUGUCCCUUACCUCCUUAGCCACAGUAAUGGCAUUGCACAAUACACUUCAUGUGAUAAAGAAAUUUCACAGAGAAAAUGUUAUGCUGCAAGACCUCUCAAAUAUUUUCCUUUUGGACCUGGUAAUCUUACAUGAAAGGUUUCACAGCACAACAUUUAGUCUGCAUUCCAUUAUUUCCUCACAUGAUUAAAUAACAGUGUUACUGCCUCAUUAAGAACAUCGAACAUAUUCUACAAGGUAUUUCUACUGUUUCUUAAUAUAGGAUAUCAUUUAUUGUACAGUCAUUGUAUUAGUUCCCUCCUUUAUUGGAUGUGUAACAUAUUGUCAGAUCUUGCAUUUAAAAUUCCUGUGUAUAUUUAAAGCCACAAGAGGGAGCACUGUUUUUCUAAAUAUACUCUUGAGGUUUUGGGGCAUUUGAGAAACACAACUAUAAUUGUUCUUUGUUUUAGGAUGCUAUUUUUAUCUUCUAAAGUUUUCUCAACAAAUCUUAAAGUGAGGUGUUUUUGAAUGCUUCACACCACAGAACUGAAGCACCCUCAAGUUUGUGUUUGAAUAAGAUUGCACUGAAAGCAGUAACUGCCUCCUCGUAUGAGAACACAAACCAGUUUUACACAGAAUGUGAUUCAAAUAAGUUGUCACAGGUAGAUGUUGUCGCCUUGUGACUGGCACCUUGUGACUAUGUUCAAUGUCAUCGACUGCUGUAACUGUUUGUAAUGAAAUAUCAAUGAAAGACUAUUACAAUAGGUGAUCUACUGAUGUCAUCAAUGAAUAAGCAGUGACAAUUCCCUUACUUUUCUACCUUAUGUUUUCAUAUGUAAUUAUUUUAAGUUGUUCUGGGUGUCCUUUUUGGAAAAUGAAACACUUUGAGGUAAUAAUACUUGAUUAUAUUUUCACAUUUAAAAUUUUGUUCAAUAAUAUUGGGCUACCUUAUGUCUGUCAUGUCCUACAGCCCAACAAAUUAUUUAGAGUGCAGGUGAAAGCAGCCAUCUUUUAUUUUCUUUCCUCUUUGUUUAAUACAAGUUUUAUAUUGUAUACUCAAGAGCAGCACAUGGCAUAUAAGCCAUUUUCAAGGUGUUCCACAUUUGUAGGCAAAAGGGGUGAGCAGUCAUGCAAAACCAUUAUUUCAGCAAAUAUUCAUGCAAUGUAAUAUUGCAAUGGCAUUUUUACAGUGCAAUCCUUGGGACAGAUAUUUCAAACAUUCUAGGAUCUGACCUUAUUUCAUUAUGGCUUUUUUUUUUUUUUUUUUUUUUUUUAAGUGGAAAAUAGAUUUGUCCUGUCCUUUCUGGUGAUCAGUAGUUCGCUGAUGUUAUAACAGUAAAGUCAAAUAUAUUCUCCCAGUGUUUUAAAAAGACACAGACCUGAAAUGAGAAUGUACUAUAGAGUGGGUGUAUUAAUACUGAGGCCUUUGCUGCCAUAGCCCUUAAUUACUGGGGAAUAGAACAGAUGACUUCUACCAGAGGUAGAAGUAGAAAUUAACAUUACCCCCCUGGUGUUGCUCACAGAUCUUAUAGAAACCUUUAUAACAAGAUAGCUAUUAUCAUACUGACAGUUUGGACUCACUUUUGAUGCAUUCAUUUAAUGUUAUCACCUAUUUUAGUUUAUGGACUCAUAAUUUAUUGUUCCAAUUUAUUGUUCCAUAAUUUAUUGUUUGUUUAUAAACAAGCAAAUAAACAUCACAUAUAAUGAAUAGCUGAAAAACACCACAAGAUUGCCUUCAUUUGUUGUAGUUGAAAUAAACAAAAAACAUGGCCAAAUUAGAUGAGAAAGACUGUAGUCGUGUAUAUCAACAGAGUGCAUGCUGUGUAUGGUGCUUCCCAAAUUAGUUUUUGUUUGUUCACGAUGACGCACACAAAAGUACCAGUGAACAUCAUAAUGGUGGUAACUUCUGUUUUUCCAAAUUAGAAUCACUAAUGGACACCUAUCUGAAGGGUUUGGGAUGUGAUGUCAGAAUGGAUGGCAUGUCACUUGCACUGAAAACCCCUUUCAACAGCUGCUGCACUCCCAAUGAUCCCCUCUGCAGGUUUACUAUCAUAGCCACACUGCCUAUAACUUUCAGAAUGAUGUUUUCUAAUGUACAUAUAUGGGUGGUGACUUUGUAUAUCAGUGUAGUUUUAAUACUGUGACAAUUAUGUAUUAUUCUGUGAAGCUGGCCAUGGUUUUAAAUCUGUAAUGGUGGCUUUACUGUGAGGCUUGCGAAUGUUCUCUUGAGUGUCAUUUUCAAAAUUAAGACCUGUAAUAUCUGUGGUGAUGGUUGUAUUUUUAAAUGUGUUUAAUAACAUACAUUUACUACA